AGUAUGCUUUUCUUCGACUUCGCCAAAAGGGCUUAUCAAGCGGCAGUCAGUCCGCCGACCCCAGCCAAGAGGGAUGACGCUAUCAGAAUCGGAUUGCUUGGGGCCUCCAACAUAGCUCCGUUCGCCUUGAUCACUCCCGCAAAGUCACACCCAGAGGUCAUUGUUGCAGCAGUUGCUGCUCGAGAUCGCGAGCGAGCCCGCCAGUAUGCCAAAAAAUACAACAUUCCUAUCGUCCAUGAUACCUAUCAGGAUAUCCUGAACGACCCGUCAAUUAAUGCAAUCUACAUUGCCCUGCCAAAUUCCCUACACUAUGAGUGGGCUCUGCGGUCCAUCCGAGCUGGAAAGCACGUCCUCCUUGAGAAGCCAUCCUGCUCCAAUGCAGAAGAAGCGCUCAGGCUCUUUAGACAUCCCAUGGUGACUAGCCCAAAUGCCCCUGUCCUCCUUGAGGCUUUCCACUAUCAGUUCCAUCCAGCCUGGCAGACGUUCCUCUCAUUGGUUCGCAAGGUUCCAUGGGACGGGACCGUGGAGCACGUUUACUCCCAGCAGCACCUUCCCAAGGGAUACCUCUCCAUGGAUGAUAUUCGUUUCCAGUACGCGUUGUCGGGUGGCUGCCUCAUGGACCUCGCCACGUAUCCUCUUUCAUGCGUACGGCAGGUCCUAGGUAAAGGAGAGCAUCUCCGACCAAUCGAAGUUCAAUAUCGCCCCAUGCCUCCUGCACCAGACGGAUCUGCGAUCGAGCCACAAAUUGAUGUGGGAAUAUCAGCUACCUAUGUCACUGACAGUGGGAAGUCUGCAACCAUCGAGGGGGAUCUGAUGUAUGCAGGAGAGUGGUCUUUCCUACCUGCUUCAUGGUUCAAAACUUUACCCAAAUUGAAAUGGCCCAUGACUGAAGCAAUCCUAGCAGAGGCACUGGUCGAGCAACGAGGCGAUGGAUUACACCAUCAUAUUCAACGGAAGGUGACUCUGUGGAAUCAUCUUAUGCCAACACUCUAUCACCGGAUCGAUGUUUGUGACAAGCAUUUCCUUCGCCGAGAAGGUGAAAACGUCGACACGUGGGAUGAAACCAACCAUAUCAAGGCAUACAACUGGCCGAAGGGUGAUGACCGUUCCAACACCUAUCAGGAAUGGUGGACGACCUGGCGCUGCCAGCUGGAGGAGUUUGUGAAUCGGAUUAAGGGUCGGGCAGGGUCCGGGGUGUGGAUUGAUGGGGACGAAAGCAUUGCCCAGAUGGAGGCGAUUGACGAGACGUACGAUCAGGCGGGAUUAAUGCCUCGACCGACCAGUGCUUACCAGGUUUAGUUUUGUGGUGAUUGCCGUGUUCUAAUGGCUGGGCUUUAUGAGAUUGACUGAUUGCGAUCAAACCUGCAUUACCUACGUCUUAUCAUUACCUAGUGGCUGGUCAGCGUUACAGAUUGAUUUCCAAUGCACUAUUGUCAAG